AGGACUUGCUGAAUCGCCGCGUUCGCGCCGGUCUCCCCAGGUGGCUGCAGGCUUCAGCCCCGCCCUGUCAUCACAGCCGAAAUGUCAGAAAAAGAGAACAACUUCCCGCCACUGCCCGGGUUCAUCCCCCUGAAGCCCUGCUUCUACCAGAAUUUCGCUGAUGAGAUCCCCAUCGAACACCAGGUCUUGGUGAAGAGGAUCUACCAGCUAUGGCUGUUCUACUGUGCCACCCUCGGGGUCAACCUCGUCGCCUGCCUGGCCUGGUGGAUUGGCGGUGGCUCUGGAGCCAACUUUGGCCUGGCCUUGGUUUGGCUGCUGCUGUUUUCCCCCUGUGGCUAUGUGUGCUGGUUCCGGCCUGCCUACAAGGCUUUCCGAGCUGACAGCUCCUUUAAUUUCAUGGCAUUUUUCUUCAUCUUUGGAGCCCAGUUUGUCUUGACUAUCAUCCAGGCUAUUGGCUUCUCUGGAUGGGGUGCAUGCGGUUGGCUGGCAGCUAUAGGAUUCUUCCAGACGAGCAUCGGAGCUGCCAUUAUCAUGCUACUUUCAGCCAUCAUGUUCUCCAUAUCAGCCACCUUGAUGGCCAUUGCGAUCAUGAAGGUGCACAGAAUCUACCGGGGGACUGGUGGAAGCUUCCAGAAGGCACAGACAGAGUGGAAUGCAGGCACUUGGCGGAACCCACCAUCUCGGGAGGCCCAGUACAACAACUUCUCAGGGAACAGUCUGCCUGAGUACCCCACUGUGCCCAGCUACCCAGCAGGUGGCAGCCAGUGGCCUUAGAGGGAGCUGGCCGGCCCACCUCCCCUCCACUCCUGCCACUGUUCUAGGUCCUGUGAGGCCCUGAGCCUCUGUUCCCCUCCCUCCUGUCAACAGCUCAGCCUCUACUUCAGCUAGGACAGUUGAAGGACUCAGUAGCCGUCCGAGGCUCCCCCAGCUGAGAUGCGGACCCCAGGAGCCCGUGGUCAUCUCACUUCCAAGGGUAGAGCCCCUUGCAAGCUCAAGUAGGACGCCCCUCUUGCUUCCAGAAAUGUUUGGUCAAUGUGUGGUGGUCAUGUCCUCCCCCCUCAGGGUCUUGGGGGACUGACCUUGGGCCUCCCCAGGGAGAAGUGUCAGCAGGCUGGCUGAUUGCCCUCCGUCCAGAGCUGAUGAUGCUCAGAAGCACCCCACCUCGUGGACACCCCCACCCUCUCAGGACAGCUGCUCCAGGAAGAGGGGAUCUUGGCACCAGGACCCAAUCUCCUGAGUGUGACACAGGGACUUGGUAUAAAACCAGGUCCUUGACAUUUUUCAUAGCCUCUGUCCGCCUAUACUGGUGGGCACUAAUGGAUGAGCCUGGGGACAGCAGAAGCAUUUCGCCCCCUCAGGAGAGUGGUCUGAGCUCCCCCUUUGUCCAUCUGUCCCAGUUGUUCCACGCAGGGCUGUUGCCAGCCUCCUCCCUGCCCGCAGUCACCUCCACUCCAGGAAGUCUCUUCCCCACAGCAGGAAUUUGGAGCUCCAGCAGCAGAACUUUGGGCAGGACCUCAGUCUGUACCUGAAGCCUGGGACAGAACCCCGUUGGGGAGCAAAGGGGGAUGUCAACCUUCCCUCCCAUCGUGCAGACCGUAGUAGCUGACAGCACUUACGUGUCCUGAGGUCACCGCCUGCCCUAAGCCCAAGGGACACCGGCUGGCUGCCCGAGUGUGCAGCCCGAACAGCCUCUGGCCUGCAGGAGGAGGGGUGCCGGGUGCUCAGGAGAGCCUUUUAAAGGAACGGCAAUAAGUUUCUGUGCCUUAUUGAGGAAUCUAAAUAAGUGUCCCUUUUCUCGCCCCUUGAUUCCUCUGACUCCACAGGAAGCACUGGGUGUUGCGUGGGGUCCCGUGGCACCUUCAUGACUGAGAGGUUUAAAGGAACCCUAUAGCCCCUAGUCCUUGCUGGCCAGGUUUCCAUGACAACCAUGGAUAGAGCAUCUGGGGUACCUGAGUUCUCACCCCCCACCCCACCCCACCCCUGCCAGCUUCCUGUUCCUCUGGCAGCACCAGGACCCUUCUACAUCAUAGGCAUCCCCGCAGGGUGCCACUUCUCCCAGAAGCCUCCCCGGUGUAGCCAGAACAUGUCUGCUCCUAUGCUUCCUGCUGUUGCUGGCUGCUUGUGCUGCCACUUGGUGUCAGAGGUGACCACCAUCCCUGGAGGGGUCGCCCAGGCCUGGGUCCCCUGUAACAGCCUCAGCUUGGUCUCCUAUGACUGGCAUGUGCAGAGCUAACGCUGUGGCUGCAUCUCGUCAUCAUGUAACACCCAGUGACAAGCCAUUCGCCAGGCACAGGAGGAGAAUUGUGGUUUUAACAGCAGCUUCUCCCCCAGACCCGUCUUGUACUUUGCACCUUUGUUACGUUGUGGGUUUUGUUACCUGAAAAUAAUCCAGGAAAUAAAUCGGUCUUCUUUAUGCAUCAGGCUGUGCUUCAGGGGGCUGCAUUUGUGUGGGUGUGUGCGCCUUGCCUGACGCCUCCUCCCUGAAGGAUCCCAGAGUGUGUGGACCCUGUCCCUGGCAUGCCCAACCCUCCUGGUGUCCCAGGGAGAAGCCCAGCACCCUAAACACCGUGCUCCUCUCACCCAGCAGUGAGACUGGUAA